AUGGCAUUAAUGGCACAUCUGCGGUUUUCAUUAGUGGUACCGUUCAGGCUCGUUGGUGUCACACGUCAUUUGCACUGCACGGCGAGAGCACUGGCACAAGAAGGGUCUGAAAAUGAAAUAAGUCUGUUACUUUCAAAACAUGGUAAAAAGUUGAAACCAAAACAAGAUCAUUUCCUUGUCUUGACACCACAUCAGACUGGUGUUAUGCGCUUACCGAGGAAAUCUAAAACACUGCAAUCAAACUCGCAUUUGUCUAUUCUUGAAGGGUUUGAUUUUAAGAGACACACUGAGAACGGUACCAAUCAUUCUCAAGUGCGAGACGUAGACAUUCUUUCCAACAUUCAGGACACGACCAGUAAACUUAUGAAGUUCAAGGAGCAAGAGGACAAUGAACAGAUGGCGAAAGCGAUAGAUAGUUGUAAGCCAAGCUCAGAGGCUAUUUCUGAGAAGAGAUAUUUGCAAUUGGAGAAAGUUUUGGACGAACAAUUCACUUUGCAACAACUAAGAAACUAUUGCUACUUGAAGCAUGGUGUUCGUAAAGCAAGGAUUCCGAAGAAAAAUUUGAUUCCAACCAUCAUCACCAAAUUGUGGAACUGUUCAAUCGAUUAUAACAAAAGUGAACAUGACGAUUUGAUUGUGGAAAACGAAAUUUCUCUUGAAACAAGAGACAUUUAUCUAUUACUAUUGACUAAAAAUGGUAGAAUCCUACAAAACUUGGCUAGAAUUGGUGCGACGAUUGCUGUUGUUAUUGAUGAAAAUAAACUUGUGGUUCGUGCUACUUCCCAUAUCUUCAAAUACGUUGAAGUGUCCAUUUCCAGGAUCUUGGAGAACGUUGUUUCCGAUGAUUUUUCAAUUGAAGAGUUCAUUAAAGAUCACAGUCAAAUCGAUGGUGUCCAUCACAUGACGCCAGAGGAAAUCAUCGCUUUGAUGCAAACUCAAUCAUCCAGUUAUGUAGAAAUCACUGACGAUUCCAAAUAUAAAAUCAGUACUAUUGGCCGUAAAAACAUGAAUAUAAUAAAUUCAUUGUUGCUGUGGGUUUUGAAUUAUAACCCUCAAACUACGGAGAUAUUAGUACCUUAUGAUGGAGGAGAAAAAACUGAACAGUACCCAUUAACUAAUUACGAAUGGAUCAAUUGGGUAGCAAGAAAACAGUCGUGGCACAGAAUUCAGCAGCCUGUUGCCAUCAAUCAAGAAAUUAAAGACACCAAGAUCGAUCUUUCGGAAAAGAUCGACAAGAUCUGGGAUAUCUUAGAAAUCAAUAAAACAAAAUGUGCGAAACCUCUCGCUUUCACUGAAACGAAAUCAUUAAGUAUAGCUUUUGGUCACAUCCUUGAAAAUGCUCAAAACAAAAUUUUGUUUCAAUCCAAGAUUCCGGAAGUGGUUCCUAAAGUUCUUCGACUACCUUUAUGGGAUAAAGACGGUUAUGUGGAGGACGAUUUAUUCUCAGUUGAUCAGCAUCUAUAUUUGGUUCAAAUGAAAUUUGUUCCCAACUUAGCGGACGUUUCUCACAAGGUUAAUGUUUCUCCUUUGGAAGUUUGGUUCACCUUGGAUGAAAAUAACAACGCUGAUACUUCGACCGUCAGAUGCAUCCACACUUAUUCGGAUAAUUCAGCUUGUAUCCAAACUCCUACACUUUCUCAUGACUUUAAAAUCACAGUGACAGAUACAGUGGAUGCACUUCCAGAAGAUUUGGAAUCUUCAGAGUUUUUCGAUUGGCUACAGAGGGAACAACCAAGCUUCAGGAAAUUCUUACAGGAAAGUAAUUUCUCUUUCGGAGGCUUGAAGAAGCCCCGCAUUGCUCCUUCUUUUGAAUUGAACGUGAAAUUAGAAGGAAUGGAAGAACCGCAAAAGAUCAGAUACAAUUAUUUGCAUCGCUACGAACACCGUUUAUUAAGAUUCAAGUACAAAGAAGAUUGUUUGGUACAACUCUCUGAAAUUGAAGGCGGAAGCUUAGGAGGCAAAGCUUCAUCUAUUGAUUUUAUCAGCACUAACGGAUCCAUCAACAAGGACAUCGUUAGAAAUUUCAUCGAUGACGUUUUACAAUUCUGA